AGACUCGAGGCUUGUAGAAUUUGGGCUUCUUCUUCUUCUCCCGCGAACAGUUGGGAUUUUCCCGGUUCUCCUCUUCUUAUUUUAUUUUUUUCUUACAUCUAAAAAGAAAACAAAAAACAAAUUCACACAGAACAAAAGGAAAAUCAUCCAUUCGGACCAUUCCAUUUCCAAAGCGUAGUGACGACCGAAAUCAAAUCUUUCCUCAUAUUUCUCUCCAUCUCCUUCUCAUUUUGUUACCUGGGAAAGGAUCAGAAGAGGCCAUAGUUUGUAAAUCUGAUCUUAGAAUUGUUUCUUUCGCUCUUUUGAAUCUCCAGACCUUCAGUUUUGUUUUCCAACAUCGGUGAUUGUUUUCUAAGUAUCUCCUCUAAUGGCCGGCCGUUAUGAUCCAAAUCCUUUCGAGGAGGAAGAUGUCAAUCCGUUCGCGAGUCCUGGAAAUGUUCCUUCUGCAACAAAUUCAAGGCUUUCACCUCUUCCUCCUGAACCUGCAGAUUUCAGCUAUGGCCGUGGUGCAACAGUUGAUAUUCCUCUUGAUGCAGAAAAGGAUUUAAAAAGGAGGGAGAAGGAACUUGAAGCUAAGGAGGCUGAACUGAGGAAGAGGGAACAGGAACUUAAAAGAAGGGAGGAUGCUAUAGCACGAGCUGGAAUUGUUAUAGAGGAGAAAAACUGGCCGCCAUUUUUCCCCCUUAUUCAUCAUGACAUUGCAAAUGAAAUACCACUCCAUCUACAAAAGUUGCAGUAUGUUGCAUUUACAUCAUUGUUAGGGUUGUUUGCUUGUCUUCUGUGGAAUAUUGUAGCAGUUACCACGGCCUGGAUUAAAGGAGAAGGUGUAAAAAUUUGGUUUCUAUCUAUUAUCUAUUUUAUAACAGGAGUGCCAGGAGGCUAUGUGCUUUGGUACCGUCCUCUUUAUCGUGCUAUGAGGACCGAUAGUGCAUUGAAGUUUGGAUGGUUUUUCCUAUUUUACUUGGUCCACAUUGGUUUUUGUAUCUUUUCUGCUGUUGCACCCCCCAUUAUUUUCAAAGGGAAAUCUCUCACAGGUAUCCUGCCCGCAAUAGAUCUUAUCAGUGGAAAUGCUUUGGUCGGGGUCUUCUACUUCAUUGGAUUUGCAUUAUUUACCAUUGAAUCACUGAUGAGCGUCUGGGUCAUUCAGCAAGUAUACAUGUAUUUCCGAGGUAGUGGUAAAGCUGCAGAGAUGAGGCGUGAGGCUGCAAGAGGAGCCAUGAGAGCAGCUAUAUGACAUAGCAUAAUUAGAAUGAAGCAUGCAUAUAUUGUGGAUUCAUUGUGCCCUUGACCACGGGGGAGCAGAGGGAGAAAUCUCGUGCUGGCCCGGGCUUUUCCCACAUGUUACAUAACUUGUUUUGGUUUGUUUUUGUUUCUUAGGAUUAGGAUUUUACUGGAGGAUUUCAAUGUGGAUAGGAACGUAUUGCAAAGAGUGAACUUUGAUUUUGUAUUGGAGGAAUUGCAGAUUGCGGUUUCUUCCAAAUCAUUUUUUGACAUGCUUGCUGCCUUUGAUUCACUGUCAAUCUAAAUCUCCCUUCUUUAGAGUGGUUGAUUUAUUUCUACCCCA